AUGCCCUACUUUUCCAUAACCGUAACUGGAAUCCACCACGGGAGAAGCACAAGUUUAGAUGCACAUAGAGAAGUGAGCAAAAUUGAGAGAAACGAAAACCCAAGAAGCAGAAGAUACAGAGAUCAGGGUAGUAAAGUAUGCAACAAAAUUGAAAGUUUCAAAGCAGAUUUUCAUCAAAGAUGUAUGUGUGAUGAAAUUUUUACCUCAUCCCUCAGGCAAGCAACAACGCAUCCAACAGAGGGCUUGCUUGGCGAUGAAUUAGAAAAGACAAGGGAGCUUUGCAAGCAAGAGAAAAUCGACAAAGUCACACACUUCAGCUUUUACAAGAGCAUGGAGAAAAUUCAUGAAGAGAAGGGGAUAUGCCCAGACGUGCUUGUGGAAGAUGUGUUACGUUAUACUACGUACGGAGAUAAUCAUUCUUCUGUGGUACAAUAGCUACAUUGUAGGAAGGAUGUGGAGAAGCUGAUUGAAGAUAAUAAGGUUGAUCAUAAACUGAUUGUGCAUGAUGUGAGGUUGAAGCAUUGUGGGCCAAGCGUUAAGGUUUAUCCGACUGUGAUUAAGCUGUCAAAGCAGGUGGCGGACUCGGUGGUGCUUGUGAGCAUGAACGGCGAUGAGAACGAGAGCCGUAUACAGUUCUUGAAGGACAUGGACGUGGUGGAGGUGCCUAUGUUUUUGUUCAUCAAAGACGGCGAGAUUUGGGGAAGGUACGUACGUGGGUUCAUUCUGGUAAUGGACGAUCAUGUCCACUAG